AUGUUUGCAGGUUCUCCACUGAGGAUUGUGAUGAUCGGGAAAACUGGAGUUGGGAAGAGUGCUGUUGGUAACACCAUCGUGGGUAAAACGGUUUUCCAUUCUUCAACGAGCGCACAGUCUGUGACGGAGACCUGCGAGAAAGAACGGGUCAACAGUCGCAGGAAGAUCCACGUGGUUGAUACGCAUGGGAUUCUGGAUACGACUAAAAGUGCAGAACACAUAAAGAAAGAGAUUGCGAAAUGCAUCCAGGUGUCCUCUCCUGGCCCUCAUGUCUUUCUGCUGGUCAUCCAGGUCGGCAGGUUCACCAUAGAAGAAUUUAACUGCGUGCAAGCCCUGGAGAAGAUCUUCGGACCCGAGGCGUCCAAGUACAUGAUCGUUCUGUUCACGCGUGGUGAUGAGCUCCAGGGCAGAACUAUUCAGCAGUAUGUGCAAAACGGCCACCCGAAACUAAGAGAGGUGCUAAACAGGUGCGGUAACCGGUACCAUGUCUUCAACAACAAGAAAACGAGGAACAGAACUCAAGUGGUUGAGCUGAUCAAGAAGAUUGAUGACAUGGUGGCGGCAAAUGGUGGACAGCACUUCAGUGAGGAGAUGUAUGAGAAAGCGGAGCAGACUCUGAAGGAGCAGGGGACAGACAGAAACACAGCAGAGGAGGUGGUGAACUUCCCCUUUAUGGCUGAGCUGCUGCAGAGAGUCAUUCUGUUUCAGGCCAUACUGGCUGCUGCUGCAGAGGAGGACACCAGCAACAUGGACCGCUCUAUGUCCGCCUCCCUCUCCAACGUGAGGCCUGCUGUCUGA